CGCGAGGAGACCCCGCGACUUCUGGCUCAGCGCAACCUGGACGGGACGGGUGCCAAAGACCACAUCACCAUGCCCGAGGGAGCCCUCAGGGGCAGCACCAAGAAAAGAGGAAAGGCAGCAUCCAGGCCCUCGUCCAUCUCCUCGCUGGGUGGGAUCGGGUCCAGCAUGGCAUCCGACCCCAUCUUGGGCAGCUGCACCUCCGUGAACACCGUGUGCUCGGACAGCGACCGGCCCGUCAGCCUCAGCUCCUCGGCCUCCUCGGCCUCCCUGCAGGACAGCCAGAGCGCUUUCGGCAGCAGCGGCGGGCUGGGGGGCUGCCCCCCGCCUUACCCCCACCACAACGGCAGCGACAUCAGCCUGGAUCUCACGCCGGUGGGCCUUCUGGAUGGGCCGGGAGAAGCCCCGCGGGGCGGCCUGCCACGUUGUGGCUGGUCGGCCAAGGAACGCCGCAUGAAGCUUUCCCACCUGGACCGGGUGGUGCUGGAGAUCGUGGAGACCGAACAGGCCUACGUCAGGGACCUCCGAAGCAUCGUGGAGGACUACCUGGGCUGCAUCAUUGACUGUGGGCACCUUCCCCUCAAUCCCGAGCAAGUCAACGCCUUGUUUUGCAACAUCGAGGACAUUUACGAGUUCAACAGCGAACUGCUGGAAGACAUGGAGCGGAACCCCAGCGCCCACGCCGUGGCCGAGUGCUUUGUCCAAAGAAGUGAAGAAUUUGAUAUCUACACCUUGUACUGCAUGAACUACCCCAACUCUGUGUCGGUGCUGCGGGAAUGCAUGGAGCACGACUCCCUGGCCAAAUUCUUCCGCGAGAGACAAGCCACGCUGUCGCAUUCGCUGCCCCUGGAGACGUACCUGCUGAAGCCUGUCCAGCGGAUUCUGAAGUACCAUUUGCUGCUACAGGAACUAGUGAAACAUUAUGACAAGAGCAGCCCUGGCUACGACGCCGUGGAAGAGGCUAGCAUCACUAUGACGGCCGUAGCUUGGUACAUCAAUGACAUGAAGCGCAAGCAGGAACACGCCACGCGGCUGCAGGAGAUCCAGGGGCUGUUGGUGGGCUGGACGGGCCCAGAGCUGGGGGCUUUUGGGGAGCUGAUCCUAGAAGGGCAGUUCCGGGUGCCCCGGGCACGCAAGGAGCGGGUCUUCUUCCUCCUCAGCAAGGUGAUCCUGAUUGCUAAGCGGCGCGGCGACGCCUUCGUCUACAAGAGCCACAUCUUUUGCUGCAAUCUGGCCCUGCAAGAGAACACAAAGGAUCCGAUGAGCUUCAAAAUCUCCGAUCUUUCCAUCCCCAAACAGCAGCACGUGGUCCAGGUGAAAAACCAGGAAGAAAAACGACUCUGGAUCCAUUACCUGAAGCGGUUAAUAGUGGAGAAUCACCCAGCAUCCAUUCCUCAGAAGGCUAAGCAAGUCCUUCUGGAAAACAGCUUCCAGAGUUCCCCAGAGAUUUUCUAUAGUCCAGAGUCCCCCCAAAAGCCCCUGCCUUCUCCACGGCCGGACGAGUCCAGGGCAUGUGCUCGCAGCAGGCGGCAAUCAGAGCCCCCGGAAUACAUGUACAGUCCAGAGAGAGCCCGGCGAAGCUGCCCCAUCUUACAGCUGGAGAAGAGCGGUUCAUAUCGUCGUGGCCGCAGGCAAUCUGAGCCAGCCAAGGAGUCGCAGGUCCUAUUUCAUCAGGCGAGUAAGUCCCUGUCACUCCUUGUUCCGUAUCACGCUGACAGCGACGGAGAACUGUUCCCAGCUGCCGAGGCCCUCCGGCCUUCCGGCACCUCCUGCACUCUGGCUUCCAGCAAGGCGGAGGCUGAAGAGUCCGACCAGGACGAAGGGGAGGUGGAGUUCUCUUUGGCCGAAGAGCCAAUCCCCACCAACCUGUCCAUCACCGAAGAGAUCCUGGAACUACUCAGCCAGCGGGGCCUGGACAAGGAAGGCAGAAGGGAAGGGGCGUUUUUGGGAGAAGGCAGCCUGGAGCCAAGCGGCCUGCCUCCGCAGGAUCAACCCCUCCAAAGCAAUACCUUGGAAGAACUGGAGGAGAAGGCGGAGGAGGAGGAGGAGGAGGAGGAGGAACUCCAGGAGGAUGCACCCUUGGGUGCCAGCCACGUUCCAUCCCAAAGAGACCCCCGCCAGGAAGGACCUCCGCCGAUGCUUGGUCACCCCGUUGCCAGCGACUCUUCGGAAAAAGAGCAGCAGCAGCAGCAGGAAGAAGAGUUGAGCGGCCCGUCUCCUCUGCAUGUCCUGGAGGACUUGGCCUCGGAGGAAGCCUGUGCGAAGCCAGAGGAGGCGGCCAGCGCUGCCUCCAUGGAGCCGGGGGCAAUGGACGGGGAGAGCCCGCCCCCUGACCGGUCCAGCCAGCCCGACGCGUGCCUCCCGAGCUCAUUGGUGGUCUUGAGCAGAGACGAGAAGAGGGCCACGGCAGACGGUGGGGCCAAGCGGGACUCCACGUUGACCAGGGAUGAUUGGGUGCUGAUUGAGAAGAUCAAAAGCUACUACGACGGGCUGGAAGCGGUGAGCAAAGUGCCGGAGCUGGGCAAGAAGGACUGUGCCCCUCCUGUGCCUGCCGGAGUGGUCCGAGAGUCCGUCCUCCGGUUCAAUAGCAUCUUGAGGCAGAACGACGCCCAGGAUGGGGAAGUGGGAGGGGCCAAGCAUAGGAGGCUCCGCCUGCAGCACGGCGCCACCAGCCACGAAAGUCCUAGCAGGAGCCGAAGCCAAUCCUGUCAUGCCCAACAGCCUUCCUGCCACGAAGAUUCCGAGGAGGGGCGGAGUCAGCUGCCUACAAGCCCGGAACUUUCCAAGAGGGGGCGGAGCUGUUCUGAUGGGGGCCAAUCACCAGAAGGCUCCAAACAUUCCAGCAGCGAUGACGCCCACGCCUCCCAUGCCUGCUGUGAGAAUUCCGAUAAGGGGUGGGCCCAGUCUGGCGACAUCCAGUCAAGAGCCACCCUGAAGGAUUCUGGGAGAGAAAGGAGCCAUGUGGGCUCGAGAAGUGGGCGUGGCACGGAGGAGGAGCCAGCAGAGUCUGAGUUCAAAUCCUGCGCAGAGAUCCGGAGGGCUUGGCAGGAGAAGGAACGGAGCACCAUGGACACCCCCAAAAAAGAGGCUAAAGGGGUGAACAGGGGAUCGUACCCCUCCCCUGAGAUGCCGGUGUACGCCGAACCUCUGUGCAUCGUGGAGGAUUCAGACCUGGAGGAACCCCCUUUGGUUUCAGACCAAGCGCCAGAGCAGGGAGCCCACGGCGCCAAGGCAAGGGAACCGCCGGGGACCGAGGUGGCCGAGGGGUCUCCUGGCUACCUCCCCUCCUUGGGUCUUUACGAGAACAACGGGGACCCGUGUCUUCUGGAGAACUCCGAACGCAUCAUUAGCAAAGUGCAAGCCCUGGCGAAGAUGUACAGCGAGAAGAUCAGCCGGAUGAAAGCGCAGAAGAGGGGCUUGGAGAGGCCGGGGGCGCGACCCCGGGGCCCCCACCGGCGGAUCCCUGGCCGGAGCUUGGUUGGGAUGGAGGAAGGGAGGCAAGGAGCCAGCAUCCCCCACUGUGAGCCACGCAUCUACGGCCACGUCCUCAUCCAUGAACCUCUCCACCACGUCAUCGGGGUGCAGGAGAACACGCCGCUUGUGGCCGCCACCCGGGGGACGGCCCUGGAGUUGCACAGUGAAAGGCCCCGCCCGCUUCUUUCUCCAGAUCUCCUGGGUCCCCUGCGGCAGGAAUUGCUGUGCCCGCUCUCGCAUCUCGCGCACGUGGAGUCGGGGCCUCUGCUGCCCAUCGGCACUGAGGAGGUUCCAGCUGUGCACCAAGGCAGAGAAGUCCCAGGAGGUCCCCAACGUCCCCUGUCCCCAGAGUGCAUCGCGGAUCCAACAGCCCCCUCCAAAGAUGGGCAUGCACCUCCACACCCCAGAGCCACAACCCAGAUGGCGAUUGGCGCCCCCAAAACAGAGGAAAGUGCAUGCCCACCCAAGCCAGGCAAGGAGAUGGAGGAGCAGACACCGCCGACUUGUGGGACUGUGGUCCAGCCAGGGAUUGCUGCAGAAACCGGGAUGUCCGGCCUUCCCCGAGAAUCACAACAGAGUCUCAGUGACGUGGAGGGCGAAAAACCGUCCACCUUCUCUGGCCCCGGAGAAGAAGCAAAGACUGGGUUAACCAGUUCCUCAGCGAUGCCCACGGCGGCGUGGGUCUCUCCAGAGAUGCAGGAUGAGUGUCCCUCCAUGAGAAGCAACAGCCCAGCAGAAAGCACCCCCAGGAGAAAAGAGCCCUCCCUUUUCCAGGAGAUAGCCGAGAGCAACAGAGCAGAUAAAGAGCUGCAGGUGUUGAGCCAAGAAGCCUCCAGAACCCAGUCUGGGGUUCACAGCUGGGGGAGCCCGAAUUCUAGCCCUGGCCCGGAGCCGUCGAAGGCCACCGCUCCCUUCCUGCGUGCUUCCUCUGGGAUUGCGGCCCUCUCACCCCCCAGGGUGGGGGCGCCUGCCCAGGAAGCCCCCGCCACAAGCCAUCCCGAUUUCCAAGCUGGGGCGGCAGCAAAGCCUCCGGCAGCCGCUCAAGAGCAGCACCUGGGGGCGCCCCUUUCAAAGCUCCUCCCCUCCUCGCCCGUCCGCAGGUGCCUCUCCUCCAGCGCCGCGGCCAUUUCCAGGUACAUCGCGGCCUCCUGCAUCAGCCAGAGCCUGGCCAAGAAGAACGGCGCCCCUCCGCACGAGGAGCUGCAAGUGCCUUUCAGGCCCCUCGCCCCCGGCCGGGCCCUCCCCAGAGCUCCGGCCAACCCGUUAGCUCUGCUCCCCAAAGGGGCCCCCAAGGGCCGCAGCCAUGUGGCGAAAGCAGAGGCCUUGAUCCCGAGAGACGCUUCCAUGGCCGGUUCCAGCUCCCCUGGCUUCAGCUCCGGCCCGCUCUCGCCGACCCGCCAGAGGGCCGCCUCGGCGGCGGCACACGCCUUGGUACGCCGCGCUCCCUUCUCGUCCGCCUCGGAGCCCAACUCCAGAGUGCAGUCUCCCUGCCCUGCGAAGCCCAGGGUGUGCUCUCCUCCUCCAGCCGGGCCCCGUGCGUUCACCUUCACCCCCUUGUGUGUCCAUCCUCCCGGGCAACCGCCUGGCCACAUCACAGCCCCGGUGCCGCUGACGCCGCACUCCGCCACAGGGGCGACCACAUUAGCUCAGUUUGCUCGAUUGAAGGGCAACAGCCUCCCCGACAGCGGGUCGACAGAGAGCCUGGUCAUCAACGGGGAGCAGGAGUCAUCAGGGUGUGUCCCGGGGCCUCCCCACAACAACUCUGGCCCAGCCCCCAGAGGAUGCCCUGGUUCUCACGACUUAGGCAGCAUCAAAUGGCCAAAUGUGCCCGGCCUGUGCCUGAAGUAUGUGAACAGAGAACGUAGGUUGAGUCCCCAGAGGAAGCAACUUGAGGCGCCGGGCUGCCAAAACUCGGACUCCCCCAUAACUCUGGACGCAGCUCGAUCCACAGACAAGAGCCAACAGAAGGCCAGUUAUUCGACUACGGUCAACAUCCAAAUUGGUGGCAGCGGUAGGAUCUCUUCCUUUAGUAAUGCCCAGGUCAGCCUAACUCAUCCCCUCCUGGCCACGCCGGAGCAACUGAGUGUCAGAAAGGUCAAUUGCAGUGCCUUGGAGACGCCACCCAAAACGUGAUCCGGCACCUUCAGUGGCUCAAGGCACUAGCUGGGACCUACUUUUCAGAUCUUGUCCGGGCCUGGGAUCAACCCUAAUGCUGCACUCAGAGAAGGGUGGAGAGGCAGAAAGUGUGGAAAGGUUUGAAUUGAGAUGAAGGAGUCUGGCAAGGCAUAGCCGUUCCAU